GGUACUCUCGGCCUGAUUACCGGAGCGACUGCCGGAGCAGACGCUGGGGGGACACUCGCGCCCGGAGGCGGUACGCACGACCCGGAGGCGUGGGGAUGGGGGGGGGCCGCGCCGCCGCCGCCGUGCCGCCUUCUCCCGCUUUGACCUCCCCCAGCUGCUUCUCCUCAAAUCAACCUGUGAGCUUGCGAGGCGGCGGGGGUGGGAGUGCUCUCGGGCGGCGUGUGCGAGCGCGCGUGGCGCGAGAUCUCUUUCGCGAGGGCACGGUGGGUCGGGUGAGUAUCUCGCGCGCUCGCACUAUUUCACGUUAUAUCAAGCACUGCCUUUGAUGCCUUUGCAAGAACCGCCAGCGGCGGUGGUCGAACCGGUUCGCGGUUCGAGCCGGGACCUUUUGGCUCCCGGUUCGGAACUCGCUUGGAGGGUUGCUUCGCUCUCGCGGAGCGAGCGCGGGCGCGUGGGUGCGUGUGCGCGUGCGCUGCUGCAAGGCGAGGCGAGGCGAGGCGCGGGGCGGCGCGGCGCGGCGAGGCGGGCGGCGGCGGCGCGCGGUCGUUCUUUUUGCCCGGGUGAGGCGUGGCUUGCGCGCCGCGCGGUGAUGACGCAGCACGCUGAAAAGUCCUUGGUGAGCCACCGCGGUGGCAGCGAGCCAAAGCAAGCC